UUGGCCUCAUUCUCAGUUUUCCUUUGAGAUUCAGCUGAAUAUCCUGAUGGAGGAGGAUAAUAUCCCAAGAGUGGAUCCCAAGGAGGAUGGAGAUGAUGACAGGCACAAUUUGGAUUCCAACAAGAUUAUGGCAGCAGAGCCUAGCCACACUCAAAAGCAGCUGGAUUUACAAAACGGUAACUUGGGGGCAGCUGACUUGGUGGCCAAUUCCCUGGAGAGCGAAUCUCCCGACAUGAUGGAGAGCCUGAGCCCAAAGAAAUAUUCCACCAGUCUUCGAUUUAAGGCCAACGGGGACUAUUCCGGCUCCUAUUUAACUCUUUCCCAACCUACACCUGGUAAGCGGAGUCCUUCUCCUCUGGGAGCCAGCGUGAGAAGUAGCCCCUCUUUGACCAAAAUCCAGGGAAGCAAGCCGUACUCUAGCGAGGGGCCUGACAAAAGCAUUGCCAUGAAAUCCCCCUCUUCUUUCCUCAGCACUCCUUCAUCCCUCAGUGGCUAUCCCCUAGGGAGAGUUGAUUUGGACUCAUCCACUGGCCGUGACAGUGAGAGGCCCCUGAGACUCUCUGAGAAGCCCCCCUAUUCCAAAUACAGCUCAAGGAAUAAGUCUCAUGACAGCGUCUACUUCCUCAGUGGACUGGAAGGCCGAAAGGCCUCUGGCUCACUGCUGGCCAUGUGGAAUGGAAGUUCUCCAAGUGACACCAGUGCCACUGCGAUCAGCAGAUCCGGGGCAGCCAGUAUGCCUUCCAGCCCAAAGCAAGCCAGAAAGAUGAGCAUCCAGGACCACCUAACACUCCAGGCCAAACUGUCCAGACACAAGGAGCCCACCUCUGAGAACUCCCAUUUAAGAACUCGAAAAUAUUCCAGCAACAGUUUGAGUCAUAUGGGCGCCUACAGCAGAUCCUUGCCCAGGCUCUACAGGGCCUCGGAGAACCAGCUCACGCCUUUCACUUUGCCCCCAAGAAACUCACUUGGCAAUUCCAAACGCACAAAAGUGGGGGACAAGGAUCUACCUCAGGGCUUCAUAGACCACGACAAUUACCUGAAUUUUUCUUCUCUGAGCUCAGGGGCUGUGCCCUAUAAACCCUCCUUGUCAGAAGGCAGUCCUUACAUCAGUUCUGCUCUCAGUGUCCCGGCCAGUCCCAGAGUGGCCCGCAAGAUGCUGCUGGCCUCCACCUCCUCCUGUGCCUCUGAUGACCUGGAGAGGGCUGUCAACUCCGGCCAUUCCUUUCUGUCGAGCGAUGGGGACAGAAUGCUUCUGGCCAGGAGGAACUUCUCUUGCGGGUCAGAGUUGGAUGUCACGGAUCUGGACAGUCUCAGACAGGCCUCAGGAACUCCCCAGCCCGUCCUGAGGGAACGGAAAAGCAGCAUUAGCUCCGUUUCAGGGCGUGAUGACCUGAUGGAGUACCACCGACGGCAGAGGGAAGAGAGACUCAGGGAGCAGGAGAUGCAGCGAUUGGAGAGACAGCGUCUGGAGACAAUCCUCAGUCUCUGUGCUGAGUACACAAAGCCUGAGAGCCACGUGUCCACUGGCACCACUGUGGCAGAUGUGCAGAAAAUCAAUAAGGAGCUUGAAAAACUGCAGCUCUCUGAUGAGGAGUCUGUGUUCGAAGAAGGCCUGGUGAGCCCAGAUGUCAGAUACCGGUGCCACCAGAAAGGCUUUCUGCAGGAUGAGGACUUGUCAACCUUUGGAAGCCUCUGUCAGAACAAUGCCAGCUUCCUGUCCCCCAGAAGUAUAAGGAGUGAUGAAUUGCUCAGGGACCUCGCCAGGACCCCACCACCACCCUCCUCAGCCUUUCUGAAAGCUUCCAGCGAGUCUGCUUACCUAAGUAUCUUACCAAAGACCCCUGAGGAUAUAAGUGAGGAACAAAGAAUUCAAGAGUUGGCCGCCAUGGAAACUACCCGGAUUUCAAUUCUAAACAACUUAGAAGAACUUAAACAAAAAAUCAAAGACAUAAAUGACCAGAUGGAUGAGUCAUCCAGAGAGUUGGAUAUGGAGUGUGCUCUAUUGGAUGGAGAACAGAAAUCUGAAACAACUGAGCUUAUGAAAGAGAAGGAGAUUUUAGACCAUCUAAACAGAAAAAUAACAGAACUGGAAAAGAACAUUGUUGGUGAGAAGACAAAGGAGAAGGUAAAGCUUGAUGCUGAAAGGGAAAAACUAGAGAGGCUUCAGGAGCUUUACUCCGAGCAGAAGACCCAGCUGGACAAUUGUCCUGAGUCCAUGAGGGAACAAUUACAACAACAACUGAAGAGGGAUGCCGACAUAUUGGAUGUGGAGAGCAAGCACUUUGAAGAUCUAGAAUUCCAACAGCUUGAACGUGAGAGUCGUCUGGAUGAGGAAAAGGAGAAUCUGACGCAACAGCUCCUGCGUGAAGUGGCUGAAUAUCAGCGAAACAUUGUUACUAGAAAGGAAAAAAUAUCUGCUUUGAAAAAACAAGCCAAUCACAUUGUUCAACAGGCUCAAAGAGAACAAGAUCAUUUUGUGAAAGAAAAGAAUAAUUUAAUAAUGAUGCUACAAAGAGAAAAGGAAAAUCUUUGUAAUUUGGAAAAGAAAUACUCCAGCCUCUCUGGGGGGAAAGGUUUUCCUGUCAACUCCAGUACAUUAAAAGAGGGCUAUAUCAGUGUAAAUGAAAUUAAUGAGCCAUGUGGCAAUUCCACGAAUCUAUCCCCUUCCACUCAGUUCCCUGCUGAUGCUGAUGCUGUUGCCACUGGGCCUACCACAGCUGUGCUGGUGAGCCAGCCACAAAAUAAAGAGCACUUUAAAAGUCUGGAAGAAAGGAAAAAACAGCAUAAAGAUGGCCUCUAUCUGAGUGACACUUUGCCUCGAAAGAAAACCACAUCUUCCAUAUCCCCACAUUUCAGCAGUGCUACUAUGGGGAGAAGCAUCACUCCUAAGGCUCACCUCCCCCUGGGACAGAGCAACAGCUGUGGCAGUGUGCUCCCUCACUCACUUGCAACCAUAACCAGAGAUUCAGAAUCUCGAAGGAUGCUCAGAGGGUAUAAUCACCAACAGAUGAAUGAAGGACAAAGGCAAAAACCUGAAUUUUACAACCGCACAGCAUCCGAGUCAAAUGUCUAUUUGAACAGUUUUCACUACCCAGAUCUCAGUUACAAGGACCAGGCCUUUGAUACUUUGAGCCUAGACAGCUCUGAUAGCAUGGAGACCAGCAUCUCUGCUUGCUCACCUGACAAUAUCUCUAGUGCUAGCACUUCAAAUAUUGCCAGAAUAGAAGAAAUGGAGAGACUUUUGAAGCAGGCUCAUGCAGAGAAGACACGACUUCUUGAAUCCAGGGAAAGGGAAAUGGAAGCCAGAAAACGAGCUCUGGAAGAAGAAAAACGACGCCGAGAACUCCUGGAAAAAAGAUUGCAGGAAGAAACUAGCCAGAGGCAAAAGUUAAUUGAAAAAGAAGUGAAAAUCCGGGAGAAACAAAGGGCCCAGGCUCGUCCUUUGACACGCUAUCUGCCUGUCCGGAAGGAAGACUUUGAUUUGCGGAGCCAUGUAGAGACUGCUGGCCACAAUAUAGAUACCUGUUAUCAUGUAUCAAUCACAGAAAAGACCUGCCGGGGAUUCCUUAUCAAAAUGGGUGGAAAAAUUAAAACUUGGAAAAAACGGUGGUUUGUUUUUGAUCGGAACAAGCGGACCUUCUCUUAUUAUGCAGACAAGCAUGAAGCUAAAUUAAAAGGAGUAAUAUAUUUUCAAGCCAUUGAAGAAGUAUACUAUGAUCACCUCAAGAAUGCUAAUAAGAGUCCUAAUCCAUUGCUGACCUUCAGCGUCAAGACCCACGACCGAAUCUACUAUAUGGUGGCCCCAUCCCCAGAAGCUAUGAGGAUCUGGAUGGAUGUCAUAGUUACAGGGGCUGAAGGAUAUACCCACUUUCUGUUGUAGUAAACUGGUACAACAACAGUCCACUUGAGGGCAGACUGCAAUAAUUUUUUACAGAAAGGAAGCCAUAUUAGCCUCAGAUGGAAAGAUACAACAGACUUGAUCCUCUUCUAUGUGUUCAGAACUUGUUUUAUUAUGUGCUCAGAAACAAGGUCAUUGUAGAAGAUAAAUUAGGGGCUUUCAUUCCGACUUGAUUAUUAGCAGCAAAAAAAUUGAAGAAACCUCUAUGACAACAAAAACACUUUUGAUAAAUUUUACCACUUAGAGAAUAUGUCUUAUAAACUAGUUUUUAUCGAUUGUUAAUCUUGAAAAAAAGAAACUGUACAGUUACUUUUUCUUA